CCCAUUUAAUUUUGUACCAUGGUUCGCCAUCGGGAACCCCUAUAAAACCGAUGAUCGGCCAUUUGAGUUUGAUCAUACUAACACAUUCGUCAAGCAAACUUGUGAAACAUUCUAAAUAUUUAGUUCAUCAAUGGAAGGUUCAUUUUCUUUGCGUAGUUUAGUGAUUCUAGCAUCAAUAAUGGUGAUCAUAGCAUUUGUCAUUGUUCCUCUUAAAGUGGAGGCUCGAGCUUUCUUUGUUUUUGGGGAUUCGCUAGUAGACAACGGCAACAAUGACUUCUUAGUCACUACUGCUAGAGCCGACUCGCCACCAUAUGGCAUUGACUAUCCCACACAUCGUCCCACUGGUCGCUUCUCUAAUGGCCUCAACAUUCCAGACAUUCUCAGUGAACGUAUGGGACUGGUAUCUCCAUUGCCAUACCUAAGUCCGUUGCUAAAGGGAAAGAAGCUUUUACAUGGUGCUAACUUUGCUUCUGCAGGAAUUGGAAUCCUCAAUGACACUGGGGUUCAAUUUUUAAAUAUAAUACGGAUAUGGACUCAGUUAGAGUAUUUCGAGCAAUACCAGACCCGACUAGCUGACGUCAUUGGACAUGAUCAAGUUAAUAAAGUAGUCACGGAUGGGGUGGUGCUUAUAUCACUUGGUGGAAACGACUUCGUUAACAAUUACUACUUGGUUCCUUACUCCGCUAGAUCUCGUCAAUUUGCUUUACCAGAUUACGUUCGCUACGUUAUUUCUGAAUAUCGAAACGUUCUUUCGAGAAUGUACGAUCUUGGAGCUAGAAGGGUAUUGGUGAUGGGGACAGGGCCGAUGGGUUGCGUGCCAGCGGAGUUAGCUCAACGUAGUAGAACAGGGGAAUGCUCUGUAGAGUUGCAACGAGCAGCUGACUUGUACAACCCUCAACUUAACGAUAUGUUGAGAAGCCUCAAUGACGAAAAGGGCGGACAAAUUUUCGUGGCCGCUAAUACGAUGAGAAUGCACAUGGAUUUCAUAUCAAAUCCUCAAGCUUACGGGUUUGUAACAUCAAAAGUAGCAUGUUGUGGACAAGGUCCAUACAAUGGAAUAGGAUUAUGCACACCAAUGUCAAAUUUGUGCCCAAACAGAGACAUCUAUGCAUUUUGGGAUCCUUUCCAUCCAUCAGAAAGGGCCAAUAGAAUCAUUGUGCAGCAAAUGAUGGGUGGUAGUCCAGACUACAUGACUCCAAUGAACAUUAGCACCAUCUUAGCCAUGGAUUCCAAGGCUUGAUCAAUCUACCUCGAUCAUUUAUAUAUAGCUACUAGCGCACUUUUCCGUAUGUAAGAUCUCAUGUAUUUAGCUUAAUUUGUUUGGUAGUGGUCAUUUCGUAGGUGUUGUAUUCCUUAUAUUAAGUUUGAAGCCAAGUGUCGUAUGUAUUUCAUGUUUAAAUUUGUUUGAACUAUUGUUAAGGAGUGAGGGUUUGAGUUAAUAAUUGGAAGGUUACCAAGUU